AUGGCAUUUCGCUUUGGAUCCGGGUUUGCCCGGUUCAUACCGAUGAUCGGUUACCACCAUGUGCUGAUGAUUAUCAUUGCUGUCGCUAUCAUUCUUCUCUCUCUACUAUUGGCGGGUUGCUCGUCAUCCUCUCCGCAAAUCCCCGACAUCUUCUUGAUCUCGAUGUACUACACGCGCUACGAUCCAGUUUUCAACCUCGCGCAAGUUGAUCCCGGUGUGGUGACGGCGACGGCGAAUAUCGUGGGAGGAGCCGAGAUGGAAGUCCGCGUGGGCUACUUUGGAAUCUGCGUAUCGCCGGACAGCGGGUCUUACAUUUGCAACUCCAAUGCCACCGCACUGGCAGAGAUCGUCACCGUCGACCAGGACCCAUUGAAUCUGAUCUGGGUGGCUUCGACUUUUAAAGAUGCUGUGGUCUUUCCGUAUCUAUUGAUCAUCGCCGUUAUCCUCGCCUUUUUCUGCUUCAUCCUUCUCGCCACUUUCCCCGGAUGGCACGAGGAAACCGACGCCACCGGUUCCGAGCGCGAGGUGAAACCGUUCCCUUCACGACCCGUCUCCCAGGCUGCCCUUGCCCUAAUCUUCAUCGCGUCCGUUUUCGUCCUUGUUUCGGUGCUAUGGCAGCAUACGGCAUCCGUAGCCGCCAGUACGAUCGCCCAAGAUAUGGGCAACGGCAGUGUGAAGAGCGGUGUGGGCACGUCUGCCAUGGUUCUGGGUUGGUUCGGAUUCGGUCUCAUGGUCGUGGUCACCAUCGGCUUGCUGGUCAUGAUUCUCAGCAUCAAGCUGAUACGGCAAUUGACGGAUGAAGAGUAG